GAGAUAAGGGAAUGCUGUAGGCUGCUGUGUUAAAAUGGCUGCGUCCAUGUUGCGGAUUGUUCCAAACUUUUGUAAACGGGUAACAAGCCUAGAUCAUGUAGGAACCUCUGUUUCUCUUCAUUUGAAUAGUGCUGGAGGUGACAUCUUUAACCAAGCCAUAUCUGUCAGAUAUGGCUCAUUCUUUAACAGAAAAAGUGCACAGCAGCUAUGGGACAGUGUGACGUCGGUGAGCAGUCAGGGUCGCAAGAGGGGUCGUGCUAGCAGAGGCAAGCUGAUGGAGCGAGACGUCUACAGCAAACCGAGGCAUGCCAUUGGUCAGGCAAAGAUAGUGUUCCCUGGAUUGACAGAGCGAAUCAUGCCUACCAAAGAUAAGAAUUUUGCGAUGCCAAAAAUGCACAAAGUUGCUGAAAUUCCUGAGACAGACGACAGGAAGAAGAAGUUCCGAGUUUUCCCGAAGCGAACUGCGGAAGAACGAGGCUACAGUGGCCGACAUUUACCUGGAACAAAAAAGGGGCCUCCUGACCCUAUAGAUGGAUAUGAGUUUGAUGGCUUUCAGAGUAUUAUUCUCUCAGACAAGUUUGCAGCCAGAAAGUCAGCUACACAGGGAAAUGUAUCUAAACGGCAUAUACUUAUGGCCGUAGGCAACCAAAAGGGACUUAUUGGUCUGCAGUAUGCGAAGUCUCCGCUUUUUACUACUGCACUAGUAAAUGCCAAGAACAAAGCUGGAAACCAUCUUAUCCAUAUUGACCUGUUUGAAAAUCACACAAUAUUGCACAACUUUUCAGAAACCUACCAUUCUACUACAGUGACGGCCUUCCCAAAAUUUAAAGGUUAUGGCCUAGUGUGUCAUCGAGUGAUCAAGUCUCUCUGUGAGCUGAUAGGGAUCAAGAACAUAUACGUAAAGGUCGAGGGAAACAAGAAAAACAAACUUGCCAUGUGUAGGGCUUUUAUUAACGGCCUUACUAAACAGAAAUCCCACCAGGAUAUUGCCAACGAGACGGGCUACCAUGUAGUGGAGUAUCGUCCAAAAAGCUACAAAGACUUUCCACAAGUAGUUGCCUCCCCUGAAGAAGACUCCAAGACAGAGUCUACAUUCACCAAAGACCAUGGCUUUAGUUAUUCAUCCUUCCAUUUUGGUGGCAGAGUUCCGAGUAAUAAACGGAACUUGAAGCAUAUGUUUUACCUGAACUUUCCAUCACACAAGAAGCGAAUGUUCCUGGAUUACAAGUUCCGUAAUCAGAAGGGCAUAAAAUUGAAGCGUCGAGCAAUUGGUAUAGACGGGGAUGAUUUUGGGCCUGAUUGGCAAAAGGGGGGAAAACAGGCAGCGUAACCUAGGGGUCGUGGGCUGGAUGGAAGCUUGGUCUGUGCGUAUUUAUUCUGUCAAAUCUAUUUUUGUAGUGAAAAUAUCAGGAUUUUUAUGAAUAGCAUGUCAAAUGUUUUUUUCUAGAUAUUACAACAUGUCAUUAAAGCUGUUUAAGGGUUAACAGACCGGUCAUUGCAAAAGAGACCUACUUACAAUUUUGUUGUUAAAAGAAUGCGGGAGGCGGGGCAUUCUUUGAUAUUUCUGGUAUUAUACAUGUAAUACGCUAGGUAAGCGUUAGAGAUCUAAUUAAAAGUUACAAUGUAAGAUAAACCCAUAAGCAUGGGCUACUUGUAAUGUUUAAAAAAAUUCAUCAUGCCACACAUAAGAAUGAACAGAUAAUUGUAUGAUAUGCUCUGUGAUGCGAUGGCUCCUACGUGCACAGACGUUAAGGAAUGGACACAGAUUAUUUAUCAGGUCACUAGUGGGUAUAACUUGCUCUAUGGCUUGAUGGAAAUAAUGGUUUUCAGAUGCGGAUAAUGUCACAGAAUAUAGCAUAGUUGUGGAUCACGUCUAAUACAUAUGUACGAGGCGUUUGUAUGUUUUUAAAUAAGUUCAACAUGGGAAUCAAAUAUUAUUUUAAAGUCUCCGGUUCAACUGAAGUCAUGUCCAAUCUGUUUUUUGUCUAAUUAUUUCUUGACAAGUUUCUUUGCUGUUUGCUUAUGUUAUAGUCAAAACCGCAGAUGGUUGCCAGUGGCAGUGACGAUGUUAAAUUUUAGAUUGAUCAUUAUGUAUGUUACUAAGAGAUGUGUUUUGUUUCAUAUAGUAAUUGUUUUCAGAAAGAAAUAAACUUGAGAAAACUGA